AGAAGGCAGAGCAAAUAAAUCAAUAAUAAUAAAUCAAUAUAUGAAUAUCAGAAACACCCAAAAGCAACAUGUAACGUUUGAUCUGCAGCCUGGUGGAAACCCUAACCCAGCAGCUGAACCUGAUCCUGCUGAUGUAAAAGUCUCUGGCGCCCCCUGCUGGACAGUCAGCUGACGUCACAUACUCCGUCAUUCAGCAGCUGGGAAACUGGAUCAGAAACUCCAGAACCAUCAGCUGGUCCUGGUUCUAGUCCUGGUACUGGUACUGGUUCUGGUUCUGUUCACAGCAGGAAUCUUUGAUCUUCUGCUCUCAUGAAAAUAUUUUAUUUUGUUUUUCUAUUUUAACAUUUCAAUGGAGGAAUAUUAAAUCAGUUCAGUUUCUAUGGAAACCCAGCAGAGCUGCACCUGGCCAGCAGGGGGCGACAGUAGAGAGGAAACGCUUCACUUUAACAGGAAAAAACCUCCAGCAGAACCAGAACCGGGUCAGUACCAGCGGCCGUCUGACCCGACUGGAGGUUUGAAAGAGCAGAAGAACUGAACCAGGAGAACUUUCUAUGUUACAGUGAACAGUUAUCAGCAGGAGACAGAAAACUAUUAGGAGAUGGCAGCAUCAUGACUGCUGAUGCCCCGCCUCCAGGAGGGAAUCAGCCAAUCAGAACACAGAGCAGGUGUAGAAAUAACUGAGAAAACAAAAAGUUAAGAGCUGGAAUAACAGCAGAUAAUGCAGACUGGAGAGCAGUAGGAGAAAAAAGUCAACUUGUUUUCCUGUUUCACCACGUUUUGAUAAACCUCUGCAGACUUUGACGUUGACAGGUUCUACAGGUCCGUCUGCAUGAUGAGCAUGUUGCUGGGUUUCCUUAGAAACUUUUUAAUCUCAUCUGAACAAUGAUUUUAGCUUUGUGCACUGAUAACCAGGAUCCACUGGAAUGAAUAGAUGAAUGAACUGAACUGAUGAACUGAACUGAUCUGAACUGAGCAUGCUCAGGCAGAAAUCUUCAAAAGAUUGAAUCGGUUCAUCUGAUUCAAUCGUGAAUCAGAUGAACUGCAGUCUCUUCUUUAACUGGAUCAAAGAGGAACUGACUGAUGGAGUUUUGGGUCAGCAGAACCAGACCUGGUUCUGUGGACAGAACCAGGUCUAUCCUCCAGGCAUGGUGGACGGUGUCCUGCAGAGUUUUGUCCUAACAUGGUGCAGAGCCAGAGGAGCACUAACGACUCCACAUACAUCAGAGACCAGUGCUCUACUGCACACGCUCAGACCUUCAUCACCAUCCUCUGCCUCAGCCCCUCCUGCUUCCUCUCCUCCUCAGGCUGGACCCAGUCCGACUGUCAGAUCAGAACCAGGAUGGAGCUCUGCUGCAGAACUUCGGCCGUCCUGCUGCUGCUGCUGCUUCCAGGGUGUUUUUCGGCCCAUGGCCGCUUUGCCCAGAAGCUGCUCAGCGACCUUUUCUCCAACUACACCAACGCUCUGCGGCCAGUGGACGACACCGACCACGUCAUCAACGUCACGCUGCAGAUCACGCUGUCCCAGAUCAUCGACAUGGACGAGCGGAACCAGAUCCUGACCACCUACCUGUGGGUCCGCCAGGUGUGGAUGGACGCCUUCCUGAGCUGGAGGAGAGACGAGUACGACGGCCUGGACGUCGUCCGCAUUCCUAGCAGCUACGUCUGGAGGCCCGACAUCGUGCUCUACAACAGUGCGGACGAUGAGUUCUCCAGCUCCAUGGAGACCAACGUGGUGCUGCGUAAUGACGGCCAGGUGACGUGGGACCAGCCGGCCAUCACUAAGAGCUCAUGUUCGGUGGACGUGGCGUUCUUCCCCUUCGACGUUCAGCAAUGCCACCUGACCUUCGGCUCCUGGACCCACAACGGGAACCAGAUGGACCUGUUCAACGCGCUGGACAGCGCCGACCUGGCCGACUUCGUCCCUAACGUUGAGUGGGAGGUUCUGCGCAUGCCGGCCAAAAAGAACGUGAUCCUGUACGGCUGCUGCUCGGACCCGUACCCGGACAUCACCUUCACGCUGCACCUGAAGCGCCGCGCCUCUUUCUACAUCUUCAACCUGCUGCUGCCCUGCAUGAUGAUCUCCUUCCUGGCGCCGCUGGGCUUCUACCUGCCGGCCGACUCGGGCGAGAAGGUGUCGCUGGGCGUGACGGUGCUGCUGGCCCUCACCGUGUUCCAGCUGCUGGUGGCCGAGAGCAUGCCGCCGUCCGAGAGCGUCCCGCUGAUCGGGAAGUACUACAUCGCUACCAUGACGAUGGUCACCGCCUCCACCGCCCUCACCAUUUUCAUUAUGAACAUUCACCACUGCGGCUCCGAGGCCCGGCCCGUCCCAAAGUGGGCGGAGCUCCUCGUCCUCAACUUCCUGGCCCGGAUCUGCUUCGUCAGCGAGGUGGGGGCCAGCUGCCUGGGGGGGGGGCCGUCCAGGAAGCAGCCGCUGUCCCGGCAGGAGUCCCACAGCCGGUCCGCCGACAGAGAAAGAGGAGCCAGCUGGGACGUCAAUGGGCGGGCGUGGGGGGGGCGGGGCGAGGAAGAGGAGGGUCCAGGGGGGCAGGAAGUGGGGGAGCAGCAGGCAGGGGGGCAGAAAGCGGUGUGGAAGGAGGAUCUGCUGGUCACCAUCGACCACUCCGAGGAGAGAGAGGCAGAGCAGCCGGCCGGCGGGGCGACCCAGAGGGAGAUCCGGGUCAGAACCAGGUGUGUGUGCCAGCACCAGCGGCUGCUGCAGAGCGUGGAGUCCAUCGCCGGGUCGUACCAGGACCAGCGCGCCGCCCAGAGCCGCGUCGCCGAGUGGAGGAAGGUCGCCAAGGUCAUGGACCGCUUCUUCAUGUGGCUCUUCUUCGUCAUGUUCUUCUUCAUGAGCGUCCUGAUCCUGGGCAAGGCCGUCUGACGGAUCCGACCAGAACAUCUGGUCACCUCCACUCUGCUGAGGUUUCUCACCUUUACAGCUCAUCAAGUUUGAAGUUUUUCACCAUGUUUUGCUUCGUGACCUUUGAACCCAAACAGAACCAAGCAGAAUCUUAUCCCACAACCUUUAGAGGAAGUCGGGUUUUCUGGAAGUGAAGAAUACAGUCAGAUUAAAAUAUUUGAAGCAAUAAUGUGUAGCUAUUUGAACCAGGAGAACCUGGCUCCGGUUCCCUGCAGGUCCAAACGGCUCCGUUGGUUCUAGCUGGGAUGAGUCGUUCAUGGACCUGAGAACUUCCAGAACUUCCUCAUCUUUGUUGAUGAUGUUUAGCUUCAGAGGUUUUUCCAUUCUGAUUCUUGAGACAUUAAAUGCCAACAGAUUAUCCGUUAAUCUGAUCAUUUAGUGCUUUAUUAAGGACAUAAAAUCAUCUAACGUCCUAAAACCUGGGAGCUUUAUUUUGGACCGGAGUCGGUUCUGAUUCUUUAACAUUUUAUCCUCUUUAUAAACCAACACUGCAUGAGUCGCUCACUGUUCAGUCAGUAUAAUCAAUCAGCUGAACCUGCGAUUGUAUUGAUUUACAAUAAAUGAUAUUUAUAAUUA